GUCAUGCUUGCAUUGGUGCGGACAGAGACGCAUUGACUCGGAUACUGCCGACUCAGUGGAUGAAUCAGAUGUCAGUCAAAGGGAAGAUGUUGAGAAUUGAUACAUAGAAAAUACUUUAAAAUGUACUUUGGAAGCGGAGAGGAUGCGGUUGGUUAAGACACGCUUUUCUCCGCAUUUUGCGGAAGAUGCUGAUGUACACCAAGUCCGACCAUAAAGGAGUCUACGUCUUCUUCCUUUUGACGGCUUAUAAGGUAAAUGUGAACACAGAGAAUGCACACCGGGAACACUGAAAUUCCAAUGCAGAAAUCCUCAGCUUUGUUCGGAAUGGUGAGUCACCGCCAAACCCCAGUGUAUUCAGACUUCACGGGGCUGACUCUCUCCAUGUACAGCAGUAAGUCGGACUUCUGCGCCAGACGCAUCGGGAAUGAUGGUUUUGGAACCCAGACCUGCCGGAGCCCACAUCACAACCCCAGUCACUGUCCGAGUCCGAAGCGGCUCACCACGCCAGAGGAGCGCUAUGGCUCUCAAGAGAAAGGCCAUCUGACAGCCAAAGCUACCCGCGCGUGUUUCUCUCUCUCCUCGGAACAAGUCAACGGUGGUUGCAGCGGUGCCUACUGCCCAGAGAAGGAGAGUGGGUCAGAUCUGCAGGGCAGUGAGGGCAGACUGAUGCGCUGUGGACAGAGUGGGAAGAGUGUGGCCGUGCCACCGGGGUGCCAGCCAGGUCCAGAGGGUCACUACGACAGUGUCCACUGUGACCGGCCCACACCCACACACGCCCUCCAUCUGCAGGACCGCCAGCAGCAGCAUGCCGAUGCCAGGUCCUCUGCCUUCCAGAGAUCCCUGGCCUCGCCCGGCCCAGGCUGCGGCACCUCCAACGCAGCCAGGGCAUUUCCUCUCCCCUACCCCAUCAAACAGGAGGCUUCCAUGGGCUACAAGAUCUCCCUGGGACUGGGGGUCCCCACCACCAGCCAGGGUGGCUUCCAGAGUGGCACGGGAGGCAUUGGGGUCCGGCGGGAGGAGAUGGAGGGUCCUCUCAGUGGUGGAAGCAGCGGCGGUAACUUAGGCAGUGCUCUGUCGGUGGAUGCGGCGUACUCUUUUAAUAAUGAAGAUGACUCCUCCCCACUGUCUUUGUCCCAGGGUGGCUCCCGUCAUUCAGCACGGCUGCUCACCAAUAGCAGCCUGAAGAGACGCUGCCUGUCGCUGGCCUCCCAGUCCGCCGCUGCCAGCAGCAACGCUAAUGCCUUAGCGAACGCCGUCGUCACUGCCACUGAGGGGAUCGAUAUCACCGCCAUCAUCUGCUCCUCCCAGAUGUCCGUGGUGGCCUGCGUCAACGGGCUCCGGACGAACCCCUCACCCCAGCCCAGCGGCGGCUUCUCCUUCCGGGCUGCCCCCCGCAAGCCCCUGCCCCCCCAGCAGUGCAGCAGCCCCCAGCAGACCACCUUGCGAGAGAGCUGUCAGCUACCCUCACCUGCCGCCUGCCUGCUGUCCCUCUCCUCGUCGUCCUCCUCCUCCUCUGUGUCAUCUCUGGAGCCGGAGCAGCAGACCCAGGGCCUGUGUGAGGGGCCUGGCUCCAUGCAGCCGGGGCCUGGGGGUGGAGGUGGAGCAGGAGGAGGCUCUGAGGGGCUUGGGCUGCUGAUGAGCGGGACCCUGAUGACAGGAGGGCUGCUUGGGGACGUGUCUCUGCUGGAGGGGGGCUGUCAGAGAGCCGGCUGUGGAGCUCUGAAACAGGAGCCCCUGGACGACUUCUCCCCCAGCGAGGAGGAGCUCUUUCAGCACCACUACCACCAUCACCACCACCUGACUGGCCGUGCUGCGGCCAGCCACCUCCGCCCUCACCCCCACACCCACCACCCAGCCCCCCCACUGCCCUCCAUGCCCCCGCCCUACCACCUGCACCAGUACGGGGGCCCCAGCCCGGGGGGCCUGCUGCACCUCCAGAACCAGAACCAGACUGUAUCUUCCUCCAUCCUUCCAGGACCCAAGACCUCGGGCUCUGCUGAGGGUGAGGACGGUGGGCCGCUCAGCGACAAGCAGGUGUGCCGCUGGAUUGACUGCAGCGCGACGUACGAGCAGCAGGAGGAGCUGGUGAGGCACAUCGAGAAGGUGCACAUUGACCAGCGCAAAGGGGAGGACUUCACCUGCUUCUGGGCCAGCUGCAUUCGCCGCUACAAGCCCUUCAAUGCCCGCUACAAACUCCUCAUCCACAUGAGAGUCCACUCGGGAGAGAAGCCUAACAAGUGUAUGUUUGAGGGCUGCAACAAGGCCUUUUCCCGCCUGGAGAACCUGAAGAUACAUCUACGGAGCCACACGGGGGAGAAGCCCUACCUGUGCCAGCACCCCGGCUGCCAGAAAGCUUUCAGCAACUCCAGCGACCGGGCCAAGCACCAGCGCACUCACCUAGACACGAAACCGUACGCAUGUCAGAUCCCUGGCUGCACCAAACGCUACACCGACCCCAGCUCUCUACGCAAACACGUCAAGAUCCACUCCGCCAAAGAGCAACAUGUGCAUAGAAAGCUGAGGCCGUUCCCCCACCUGGAGCAGGACGUCCUGAGUGAGUGUCUGUCGGUGCAGCACUUGCACGGCUCCGCCCCCUCCCAGCACCAGCACCUGAACUGCCCUACCCCCUCGCAGCAGCACCUGUUCAAUGGGAAAGACGGCCGCUCCCCCGGACUGGGACAAGACAUCUUCACAGGCCUGUACACUGGCUCCAGCACCCCCCAUCACGGGGUCUCGGUGGAGCUCCUCUCCACAGGACCAGCCCCCACCACUGGCUCAGCCUCUGCCCCUGAUCUGCCCCCCAGGCAAUCCCGCCUGGAACGGGACCUGAGCAGCCCGCAUUCUCUGUCCCCUAUGUCCACCAUGGAGAGCACACGCGAUGGCGUGUCAGGUCCUCUCCUCUCCCCAGGGAUGAAGGGUACAGGCACUUCCCCUCKUCUGGAGAAGCAACAGCAGCACCUCCACCCCCACCACAAGCCCUACUCUCACUACCACCAGCAGGCUGCCAGCGACGAUUACCAGGGCAGCUUUCAGAGCUGCUUCCAUUUUGGAGACUCGUACAGAAUGGAACAGUCUGUGAGUGGUGUUCAUGUACCAGUGGACUCACAUGGUUACACUUCCCACCAGAACAACGGCUUCCACAUGUCCAGUACCAGCAGUGGCUCUGCUGCGGGCUUCAGCUUGGCACAGGACCUCCAGGGAUCAGGGGAGUGCCAGUUCUCCUCCAGCCCAGAGGAGAGCAUCUUCUUCCAGGUGAACAGCUUCGACCGCAGCCUGAGCCAGAUGUCCUCCGUCUACACAGAGACAUAGAGGACCUGAUGUUCCCCUGGGUAUCACUAUACGGGCGAUGUAUCUCAAUAGUCUGGAGUGGCAUCCAUUCCUUACAAGUUUGUUCUGUUCUAAAGGAAACAAUAUAAUUGAAAACAAUCUCUACUGCUCUUGAACGACUGUCAGUCAUAACUCUGUAACAAGACAAGAGCUUCCUACAGCCCUGCCCAACAGAUUCCACAUGGAUUCAGAUGCAUCCAAAUGGGACACAUUUCCAACUAAGACAUAACCUAGUUCAGAAUUUCCUCUCUCUCUCUCUUUCUACAUUGUUCAAUCUACUAGGGACUGAAAUGUAGAAAAAUAUAUAAUGUUGCAGUGUUUUUACAGUGGAUGAAAUGCCUUGGUUAUUUGUUUAGAUUGUCUGAAGAUAUUUCUGGAAGGUAAAUGGAGGGGUGGUGGAUGGUCAUACAUUAAAUAUUCUGGAACACAGUCAAAUCUACUUUGUGUAUAAAUGUACAGUUUGUUUAAAGCAGUCUUUUGAAAGUUUGUUAUUUCCAAGUUUAAGAAAUAAAUAAUUGUACAAUAACACAAUUGUGACUUAAUGUUAUAUGAUGUAAAUGUAAUGUAAGUGCCUUAAUGUGUUUGGACCKCAGGAAGAGUAGCUGCUGCCUUGGCAACAGCUAAUGGGGAUCCCUAAUCAAUACAUAUCUUAUGGCACAUCCACAGAACUAGCACAGCUGCAAGGUAAUGCCAUGUCAGUAAAAUAACACUAUUUUAAGUAUCGGAGGAGCAUUCAAACAAAACAGUGGUCAGGUAUUCUUUUCCUAUAAGCCUUGCUUGGUAAUAAAACAUGGUUAUAGCACCAAGUACAGCGUCUGUGCCUCAAAUAACUAGCACUGUAUCUGCUAUAAAGUGAAAUGAAUAUUCCCAAGAUAAAAGCAGCAGCACUACAAAGUAGUGUAUGUGAAGUUGCAGAAAAAUUACACAGUGGUGGACAGUUCGACACACCGGUAAGAGGAACACCAACGAUUGACAUACUCUGCCCUCUUGUGAGCAUUCUCAGCUUUUCACAGUGACAUUAUGAAAAGGAAUGCAGUGGUAUUGAGACAAUUUGUGAUGACUGUUCUCUCUCCAUAGGUUCACAGCCAGUUAGACUGGGUUUUCCAAACUCGGUCAAUGGGCACAUUUUGGUUUUGGCCUAGAACUACACAUCCACAAAAAAAGAAAAUCAACUCAUUAUCAAGCUUUGAUUAUUUGAAUCAGCUGUGUAGUGCUUGGGCAAAAACCAAAACAUGCACUUCUCGGGGUUCCCCAGGACCAAGUUUGCAAAAUGCUGCCAUAGGGAAUAUUGCAGGAGGCUUCACAAAUAAAUAUCCAGAUAAUGUUUUUGCAAAAUGUUUAAAUUGACAGUGAAUUGAAUUCAGAUACAGUUAGACACAGUGUGUGAUUAUGAAUAUAAUAAUGAUAAUAAAUACAUAAUUUGGUGGGUGCUUA